AAAUUUAUACGGUAAAAAUUGUGUGGGAAAAGGAAAGAGAUUUCUGUGUUCCCUUGUUUUCCAGAGCUUUCUUUCCUCAUUUUUAUUUUGUUAAUCUGUGUCCAUUGAAGAAAAAGAUGGGAAGCUUUGGAAUACUCAGAAGGGCUUCGCAAUCCCAGCGCUCAAAUACAAAGCAAUUGCCCUCGCUUUUCUUCUCCCUAUUAUUCUCUCGCUCAAUCUCUCAGCUUUCCUCACAGUCUCAAUGGCCUUCUUUUGGCAUCGCGUUCGAUAUCGAUGGCGUCGUUCUGCGCGAAGACACGCCGAUUGGAGGCUCCCCCCAGGCUCUGAGAAGGUUAUAUGAUGACUCUGGUUAUUUGAAGAUUCCUUACGUUUUCUUGACAAAUGGAGGUGGUUUUCGUGAAUCGAAAAGAGCCUUCCAGUUAAGUGAACUGUUGGGUGUAAACAUUUUAUCCUCACAGGUAUUACAAGGUCAUUCUCCUUUUAAACAACUAGUGGAUAGAUAUGAGAAUGAAUUCAUUGUUGCUGUGGGAAAAGGUGAACCUGCUGCUGUGAUGUUUGAAUAUGGGUUUAAAAAUGUGCUCUCUAUAGAUGAGUAUGCAUCCUUCUUUGAAGACAUUGAUCCGUUGGCAAAAUAUAAGAAAUGGACAAGUAAGUUGGCUGCCAAUCAGAGUAGCACUUUUAACAAGAUAACUCAAACAAAGAGUCUUUACUCACAGAGGGUUCAGGCGGCAUUUGUUGUUAGUGAUUCUGUAGACUGGAGCAGAGACAUUCAGGUUCUAUGUGACAUUUUAAGAACCGGAGGUCUUCCUGGAAGGGAAAUUGGAAACCAACCACCUCUAUAUUUUGCGCAUGAUGACCUUAAGUAUCAGGCUACUUUUCCUUCUGAGCGAUUUGGCAUGGGAGCUUUCAGAAUUGCAUUAGAAUCCAUUUUCAAUAGAAUCCACCCUAACGCUCUAGAGUAUACAUCUUUUGGGAAGCCAAAUUCAUUUGUAUUUAGGAAUGCUGAAACUGUACUAAAGCAGCUUCUGUCAUCUCUUGACCAUAAGCUGCAUGUUGAUCAUGCAAUUGACGAAAGUCAUUUCAAGACAGUAUAUAUGGUUGGAGAUAAUCCUACAGUUGACAUCAAAGGUGCAAGGCAGGCCGGGCAUCCCUGGUUUUCCAUUCUGACGAGGACAGGGGUUUUUAAGGGAAAGGAAAAUGAUGCUGAUUUUCCAGCAGAUCUGUGCAGGUUGUUGACACCGUGGAAGAAGUGGUGGACUAUAUAUUGAGAAAGGAACGCAUCUCAAGACAGACCAGGAUCCAGGUCGCUCAAGAGGCUGCUUGGAAAUGGUGUGCAGUGGCUGAGUCUCACCUGGACAUGGUGCAAGUCACUAGUUAGAAUGGCACUAUCCACGAUCGCACACGACGGUACAUAAGGCUCACGCCAAGGAUAUGGCGAGCUGGCGAUGUCUAGGUCAAAAAAGAAGGUGGUCGGCAGAUCUAGCUACCAAAACCAUAAAGAGGAAAAAAAAAAAAAAUGUAUGGGAGGGGAGCAAGAGGUGAAGACGGGGCAAUUAGAAGGGAAAGCUAGUUAGCCAAUACAUGAGGGACCUAGCGGAGGAGUGGCCUACCAUCAUUACAAUUUUGUCACAAGUGGCGACUGUCUGCUUUUGCCAUUUAAUCAUGAAAACCUAAUUGGACAAAGAACUAUUGAAGUCCUUCCACGUGCAAAAUGGACUAGUUUUGGCAUUUUAUUUUUCUGUUAUCA